GCUAGCGGAGGGCAGGAAGGAGGGUCGGAUUUGGAGUGGAUUUGAGGAUUACAGCGUCAGAUACAGCAGCUAGCUGCUAAUUAACCUCCUUUAACUGGAUAAAAUCUGACUCUGAAACGGUUUACAUGAUUUUUUAAUUGCAGAGAAGUCAAACUGUUUCGUUAUAAAAGGCAGAAGUCGGGAUAAAGGGCGGCUGUGGGAGACGCAGCAACACGGUUUCCUUGACAACGAGAUCAGGUGUGAAGUGACCCCCCCCCCCCCGCAACCAUCAUGACUUCUGUGGAGUUGAGUGGUGGCGAUGGAGGGAAGUGGCUGGAUGCUCACUACGACCCGGUGGCGGGGCUGUACACCUUCUCAUCCUGUGUGGACCUGGCUGACCUGAGCGGGGACGGGGAGAGCCGGCUGGUGUUGGGGGACCUAGGCUCCGGCUCGUCGGGGAUGAAGCUGAAGGUGUACCGGGGCACUGCGCUGAUGAGCGAGAGCACCCUGCUCGACCUUCCCGCUGGCCUUGUCGCCUUCUUCAUGGACCUGCACGAGCCCCGCAUCCCCGCUGUCGCCGUGGCGUCCGGACCCUGCAUCUACGUCUACAAAAACAUGAGACCGUACUUCAAGUUCACACUGCCGGGGAUGGAUGUGAACACACUGGAGCAGGACGUGUGGCAGCAGGUGAGGGAGGGGCAGAUCGACCCUCUGACCCUGAAGGAGAUGUUGGAGAGCAUCAGGAACAAGGCCGAUGUACCGCUGUCCGUCCGCUCGCUACACUUCCUCUCUCUGGACACAAACGACAUGGACGAGUUUGUGCAGCUUCACAAGCAGCAGCCAAUCAAACGGCAGACAGUCAUCACGUGCAUCGGCACUCUGAAGAAGAGCACGGCUGAUGAAGACGGAGUCAGCUGUUUGGUGAUCGGCACGGAGAGCAGCGAUGUCUACAUCCUCGACCCCGAGGCUUUCAUUAUCCUCACAAAGAUGGUUCUGCCUACUGCUCCCACCAUGAUGGACGUGACGGGCCAGUACGACGUGGAGUUUCGUAUAACAGUGGCGUGUCGCAACGGCAACAUCUACAUCCUCCGCAGAGACUCGGACAAACCAAAGUACUGUGUGGAGCUGGCGGCUCACCCCGUGGGCUUGGUGAGGGUCGGGAAGAACAUGGUGGUCGGCUGCAGCGACGAGAGCCUGCAGGGCUUCACGCAGAAGGGGAAGAAGUUGUGGAGAGUCGACCUCCCUGCUCCCAUCUGCACUAUGGCGUCCAUGGACCUCCCCACCAAGGGUUUCCAGGCGGUCCUGGUGGGUCUGGCUAACUGUGAGGUCCAACUUUACCGGGAUAAGAACCUGCUGAGCACCAUAAAGACCCCCGACGUGAUAACCAGUAUCUGCUUUGGUCGCUACGGGCGCGAGGACGGGACCCUCAUCAUGACCACCAAAGGAGGCGGUCUGAUGGUGAAGAUCCUGAAGAGGACGGCGGCCUUUGAGGACAGGGACAGCGCCCCUGGGCCGCCGGUGGCUCAGAGCAUCCGCCUCAACGUGCCCAAGAAGACCAAGCUGUACGUGGACCAGACUCUCCGGGAGCGAGAGAACGGCGUUGCGAUGCACCGCGCCUUCCAGAUGGAUCUGAGCCGCCUGCGUCUGGCUGCAGCGAAGGCCUACGUCAAAGCUCUGGAGUCCAGCAUGACCCCGAUGUCCUCCAGCCUCACCGAGCCGCUCAAGAUGAACGCCGUGGUGCAGGGCCUGGGCCCGUCCUUCAAACUGACCCUGAACGUCCAGAACACGGCGGCGUGUCGGCCCGUCAUGAACCUGGCCAUCAGCUUCCUGUUCGACGAGGGUCUGUACCGGAUGAAGAACCCGUACAUGAGGAUCCCGCUGCUGGUGCCCGGACUCAUCUACCCCGUUGAGACCUUCGUUGAGUGCACCAGCGACAAGGGCAUCUCUGACAUCAUCAAGGUGUUCGUCCUGCAUGAGGGGCGGAGCUCCCCUCUACUUUCCGCCCAUAUCAACAUGCCCGUCAGCGAGGGACUGAUGCUCAACUGACGACAGACGCCCCCCCCGCCCACCCCACCCAAAUCACUGACGGACUUCUGAUUGAUUUAUUACAGACUCACUUACGCUCUGGAUCAUCACGACACCAGAAGCUUAAACUUUAAUAUGAUUCUAGUCAAAAUCAAAAAUCAAAAUCAAAUGAUACCUGUUUGAUACCACGGCAAGUUUUUGGUGCCCAGUAACAGGUAAAUUCUUAACUAUCACACUGUCUUAAUUUCACAACAACAUUUGCAACGCUCUUAACCAAAAGCUGCAGCAAGAGAGAUAGUUUUGUUUAUAUUGCACAACAUUUUUUGCAACCUUUCAGUAAAAUACACACAGCUGAGUUUUUUAUUAUUCAGGCAGUUUUUGAGUUUCACAUGUAAAUAGGUACUGUUUUCAAAUUCCUCUGUUUAAAAAAAUAAUCCUGUCAACACUCACCAAAACAUCUUCGUCCACAUGAAAACGCGAAACGACUUACUAAAAUGUUCUCGCAAUUCGUCUGCAAUGACCGUUUCAUUUUCAAAGUCGUCCAUUCAGGCGUCUCUGCUCGUCAGCAUAGUGGGAGAGUAACUGUGUGUGUAUGUGU